CCGCGAUCGGUCGGUUGGGCGGCGGGGAGUAAUCUGCACGUGAUAGACGGUCAUGUGAUCGGUGAUUACAUCAAUGGGAUGGCGAUGAGGCGAGCGCAUCUUUUGUUUUGCUGUUCAAUUGCACUGGUUUCUUCUGUUGCGAAGCGCAAGUAUGCUUCUUUCUAGAUUUCUGGCUCGCCCGGGUAUUCGGACUGUCUGUUGGUCGUGUGUAUCCUCGACUUCACAGGCAAGACAUAUAACCACAACUGGAUGUAAAUUGACAGACUCUAGAGACACAAAGUCACGGCCCAGCGAUUCAGACAGCGAGUCGAAAACCCCACCAACGCCCAUUUCCUCCAAGCAAGACUCUGCCAAAAGUGUCACCCAGGCAGACCAAGAGCUCCGGGAGCGCAUGGAGCAAAUGUCCGGGGAUGGAGGCGCGGCUGGAAUCGAAUACGAGGAUGGAAAGCCGGCGGCCAUGAAGCGCAGCGUCCGAAACAACAUGUUCCGCUAUAUAUAAACAGGGCAGGACUCCGGCUAGCUCACUCAAGGUUCAACCGGCUGUUUUUAAAGGACGAGCUGUCCUGGAUCUACCGAGG